GAUGACCCCGAUGGCGCAGGGGGUGACAGUUCUCACAUUGGGGGGGUUGCGUGCAAUGAGGUGACCCCGGUGACACGGGUGGGGGUGACAGCGCCGGGGGUGAGGGGUUGCACCAUCCACAGCCGUCCUGACCCUCCCCGUGCCCCUCACAGGGACCCCGACAGCGUCGUGCUGUGCGUCCUGGCCACCGACGAGGAGGACGAAGGCGACAUCGCCCUGCAGAUCCACUUCACCCUCAUCCAGGCGUUCUGCUGCGACAACGACAUCCACAUCCUGCGCGUGUCCGGGAUGCAGCGCCUCGCCGCCAUCCUGGGCGGGGGGGACCCCGAGCCGGGGGCCGAGCCGCGGGACCUGCACUGCCUCCUGGUCACGAACCCGCACACGGACGCCUGGAAGGGCCAAGGGCUGGCGGAGGUGGCGAGUUACUGCGCCGAGAGCCGCGACAGGAACCAGUGGGUGCCCUACGUGUGUCUGCAGGAGCGCUGAAGCCCUUUCCCGGCCCCUUCCCGGCCUGGACCUGAAGGAUUGGAAAAAAAAAAACCCUUUUAAAAAAAAAAAAAGCCGACAUAAACCAGCAGGAUAAAAAAGAAGGAGAAAACAGAGCCAGUUCCAACCCACAAAACCCAAGAACCCACCGAUUUUAUUUUAUUUUUUGACCGGAGAGCAGAAGGAGGAGGAGGAGCAGGAGGAGGAGGAGGAAGGGGAGCGCGGCCGCAGCGGUGGGAAUGGAGGGGGAGCCGUGCCGAGCCUGGCUGGACACUGGCCAGGGCCUGGAGGGACACUGGCUGGAGCCCAGAGGGACAGUGGCCAGAGCUGCCGGCCGAGGAGUCGUGCUGGCCCAGGGGCCGGAGCUGGGGACCCCCAGAGCCCGCGGGGGUGACCCCAGAGCUGGAGACUGUCAGGAUUUUUGGCAGCUGGGACCCGAUGGAGGCGAGGACUUGCAGAGGGGUGGAGUUUUUUUGUUGCAAAAACUUGCUUUUUUUUUCCAAGGAGUUACCGACGUCUGCACAAGAUGGACCUGCACCCCCCUCCCAGGGGGGUGCUGCUUUUGCACUUGGAAACCCUUGAGCUGAACCUUUUCCAGAGUUUAUUCUUAUACUGAGCGAGGAACUUAAAUUUAUUUGCAAUAAAAUAUCUGAAGUCA